AUGGGUGCAUCAACUUCGACUGAGCAGAAAGUUUCGAUCGAGCAACGAGAGGCGGAAGCCCUAGCAGCCUCCACUGGAGCUCUUUCUAUGCUUCAGAAAUCUUUCUCCAGCCUCGCCGAUCCUGAUUCUAAUGCAAUUCCCCUCAACUCUCUUCAGCAAUGCUUCUCUUUAACUUACAAGAACCCAGUAUGUGAAGCUCUUACAGUGCCUGAUUCUUUUCCGAUGCUGUUGGAUCAUCUUGGUUCGUCAAUUUUGGACCUGAUUUUCAUCUCGGAGAAAGGCGGAGUGAGCUGGGUUGAGUUCGUUAGAGGCUAUAAUAAGUGCUGUGCAAGAAUGUCUGCGUCUAUGUCGCUUAAUAUAUUGCUCAGAGUGUUUGCUGUGACACUUCAAAAGGCGGGUUCGCCUUCGAACUUGGAAUUUGAAUCUGAUGAUGUUGAGUGUAAGAUAACCGGGUCGCUUAAGCCCGUGGACGUGCUUAUGCUUCUUUGGAUGUGUUGGGCCAUUUCCUGGAAUUCUAGGACUUCGAAAAUUUCCAAAGAGAAAACAGAUUUACCUCUGCCGGAUAUUAAUCAGAUUGUUUUGUCGGCUAUUGUUUCAUGCGCUGACGUUGGCAGUGGCUUGAAUGUGUGGGAUUGCCAGCUUUCGGGUUUGGAAGUUGAACUUCCUGUGGGGAAGUUUCUUUCUUGGGUUGUGAGAACAGUGCCUUGUCUCUCAGAUUGCUUUUCACAGUUUGUGUAUGCAAUUCUCAAAAACUGUGUUUCUCACAAGGAUGGACUAGAAUGCUCAACUUCAUCAGUGGUAGAGAAUUCUUCAACCAUGGCAUACAGUUCUCAUCUUUUGUCUAGUGGAAUGGCGUGGGCGAUUUCCCUUACAUUGAGGGGCACAAUAAGUGAAGAGAUAUCAAAAGUAUGCUUUCCCUGCGAGACUGAUGGAAUAGACAAGAACCUACUUUACAGGUCAUCUCUUCAUGGCAGAGGGUUGAAUAGAUUCUGGUCUAACAUUGAAGGUUACCAAGGGCCACUGCUUAUGCUGUUUUCUGCAACUUCGGGAGAUGCCAGUGAUAGUAGAGCCAACGAGAGAAAAUGGACUGUGGGUGCACUCACAAAUCAGGGUUUUGAAAAUAAGGAUAUCUUUUAUGGAAGUUCGGGAAAUCUAUAUGCUAUAAGUCCAGUCUUUCAUGUGUAUCCACCUACAGGAAAGGAAAAGAACUUUGUGUACAGCCAUCUGCAUCCCACUGGUAGGGCAUAUGAGCCGAAACCAAAGCCUGCGGGGAUAGGAUUUGGCGGAAGUAUGGGAAAUGAAAGAAUUUUUAUUGAUGAAGAUUUUUCCAAAGUUACCAUCCGCCACCAUGCAGCUGACAAAACGUAUCAACCUGGCUCCCUCUUUCCUGAUCAGGGCUUCCUACCUGUUGAAGCUUUGAUUUCAGAAGUUGAAGUUUGGGGGCUUGGUGGGAGAAGCGCCAAGGAUGUGCAAGAUUCAUAUAAGAAGAGGGAACAACUUUUCACUGAUCAAAGACGAAAGGUUGACUUGAAAACAUUUGCAAAUUGGGAGGAUUCACCAGAGAAGAUGAUGAUGGACAUGGUCUCAGACCCAAAUGCAGUUCGACGGGAAGAUCGCUGA